CAACGAAGUCGGCAACAUUGUGAAUUUAUGGAGGAAAUUACAAGGUCCAAUUUUCCAUUUCAAGUUGGUAAACAUCCAAUGUAACUUCACUAUAAGUGCAGUGGCAUUGUUAACAAAUUUAUCCGUCAAUCCAACCAUUAAUCAAAGGAAAAGAAAAUCAAUUUUUGAGCAAUUGAACAACAGAUAUGCCAAGAGCAAGCUACAAAUCUGCAAUAUUUUUCAUCUUUGUUCUGCUUUUCAUUCUCUCCAUUAGCAUGGCAGAAAGUAGAACUGUUUCAUCUGGAAUUGGGACGAAUUCUGCUUUGAUAUGCAGUAAGAUUUAUGGUGCAAAUAUUGGAGACACAUGCUUCAGUGUUAUGCAACAAUUUAGUAUGACCGCGGAGGCCUUUACUACUUUCAAUCCAAAUCUCAAUUGUGACAAAAUGUUCGUGGGUGAAUGGAUAUGCCUUGAUGGUUCCUCCAUCUAGAAUAUUAACCAAGGGAAUAUCAAGCUCGAGAAAU